UUAAUUAUUCUUUUUUGGGAAAAAGAUCUCUCUCUCACUCUUUCUCUCUCCUCUCUUCCCUGAUCUCAUUAGAUCCAUUCAAAGGGCAACAAAUCAUCAGAGGAAGAAGUAAAGCAAAUUAAGAAAAAUGGCAGCAACAUUCGGAGACUCAAGCUCCUGGUCCACUGCUCUUGUCAAGAUUUCACCUUAUACUUUCUCCGCCGUCGGUAUCGCCAUUGCCAUCGGCGUUUCCGUCCUCGGCGCCGCCUGGGGAAUUUACAUAACUGGGAGUAGUUUGAUCGGUGCCGCUAUUAAAGCUCCUCGAAUCACUUCCAAGAAUCUUAUUAGCGUGAUCUUCUGCGAAGCUGUUGCUAUCUAUGGUGUUAUUGUGGCAAUUAUUUUACAAACAAAGUUAGAGAGUGUUCCUUCAUCACAGAUAUAUGAACCAGAGUCUCUUAGAGCUGGAUAUGCAAUCUUUGCUUCAGGAAUUAUUGUUGGGUUUGCAAACCUUGUUUGCGGAUUGUGUGUUGGAAUAAUUGGAAGUAGCUGUGCGCUGUCUGAUGCACAAAACUCCUCACUGUUUGUGAAGAUUCUUGUGAUUGAGAUUUUUGGCAGUGCACUUGGACUGUUCGGGGUGAUUGUAGGUAUAAUCAUGUCAGCUCAAGCAACAUGGCCUGCAAAAUCGGUCUAAUUUCAUGAUCUUAGUAGAAAAUAGCUAUUGGGUCAAGAAUGCAAACCUGUUUGUUUCAUGUGUCGGUUAUAUCAGAAAUGAAAUUCACAUUUUUUCUUUUGUUUUGUUAUUGGUAGUAUGUAUUAUUUAGAAACUUGCUUGGAAGUGUCUCCUCUUUUUCGUUCUUAUAACACAUUUGUCGAGUGAGAAAUAAAACUUUCUAUGAAAACCAUGAUUUAUGGUUAA